AUGGUGUUUGAGGUCUUGUUACAACAGAUAUGUUGCAAUAACUUUUGCUUUGUUUUCCCAGGUGCUCAGAUAAGCUGUUUUGCACCCAGCUCUUUCUCCUGGCGACAAGCUGCUUAUGUGGACUCCUACUGCUGGGCAGCUGUGCAGCAGAGGCAACCAUCCCACAACAACUUAGAAAACAUACCCCUGUGGCUGCAUAAAUUCUUCCCGUACAUCCUUUUACUUGUUGCUAUCCUGCUGUAUCUACCAUGUUUGUUCUGGCGCUUCACUGCAGCACCUCACCUUUCCUCAGACCUGAAAUUUAUUAUGGAGGAACUUGACAAAGCCUACAACAGGGCAAUCAAAGCUGCUAAUAGCAUUCGAAGUGGAGACCCCAGGGAUCCUGCUGACUUGAUUCCAGCUGCUAAUGAGAACUUGACACAGAGUUUGUGGGAAAUAUCUGAAAGCUACUUUAAAUACCCAAUUGUGGAGCAGUACCUGAAGACAAAAAAGAAUUCCAAGUGCUUAAUAAUUAAAUACAUUAUGUGCCGUUUGCUCACACUAGUAAUUACUUUUAUUGCAUGCCUCUAUCUGGGCUACUACAUUAGUCUCUCCUCUUUGAGUGAUGAGUUUCUCUGCACUAUCAAAACUGGGAUCCUAAAGAAUGACACAACUGUUCCAGAAGUAGUUCAGUGCAAGCUUAUUACUGUUGGUGUCUUCAAGGUACUCAGCUAUAUUAACCUGAUAGUCUAUCUGAUGGUGAUGCCACUGGUAGUGUAUGCAAUGUUUGUUCCAUGGAGGUGGAAUUCAGGUAUUCUCAAAGUGUAUGAAAUCUUGCCAACUUUCGACGUUCUGAAACUUAAGUCAAAGCAUUUUGAUGACUUAAGUCUUUACCUCCUCUUUCUUGAGGAAAAUGUGAGUGAACUUAAGUCAUUUAAAUGCCUUAAGGUGCUGGAGAACAUUGCAGUUUCUGAGAAGUUUGAUGUCAUGCAGCUUUUGGUAAACCUUGGUACUAUUAAGACUGAUACCAUAGAUGGGAAGCCAGGGAGCGCUGAGUUGGAGAAGCCUGAAGAAACAACUACAGAAGAGCUGGAAAAAGAUGCAACAGAGUUACAAGUUCUGACAGAGCGUGAUGCAAGUGGCAGUGUGAACACGAGAGAAGACAAGAGACUUCGCCAAAGACUUACAGACUCUUCCUGCUGAUGGUUCCCAGCUGCGGGAGCCAGGAGCCCGUUCUGCGGGAAGGCUCCUCCUCUGCCUCUGCUGCGCUCAGUGCAAGCUGCUGCUCUUUGAAUGCAACGUUCUCAAUCGCCUGAGAGCUCCCCAGAGGCCUAACUGGUUUACAGACUAUUUGUUAUAUAAUAAUCAGGACUCACGUGCCUGAAAAAGCAUGUUGUACACUUCCGCUAUUUAUUAAUAAAAAAUCAAACCACACUCAAGGAGGAGCAAGAACAAAACAGUUCUGUCAUG